CUCUGAGUAUGGGGAGGCAGCGGGCGAGAUGAUGGAGCCGAUCGACUCGUCGAAGAUCAAAGCAUGGCUCGACAAAGGCGGAGGCCAAGAAGAGGAGGAAGACGAGGAGGAGGAUGAGGAGGAGUAUGACAAUGAGGAAGGGGAGGAAGCGGAAGAUGGGGAGGAGGAGGAAGAGUUGGAGGGCAUGGGAAGGGUAGAGGAUGCAGACUGGGAUCUAGCGAGGGGCGACUUUACGAAGAAGCUCAAUCGGUCUCGGCAGCUUGCCUCGGUCGGCGGACAGCAGCAGGCAGGCGGGAGCCACAAGGCGCCUACCACUCCCCUACCGGCCAUGAACCGACCUCGAGCAGUUCGCAAAGCUGCACCAUCAAAGGACUCCCAAGGCUCUUCAUCAACGACACCAACGAUCAAGGAGAACGAGGAAGGGUCCGACAGGCUCAGCCACCUCACAUCCCGGCUGAGAAUCAGCGACGCAUACGAUCCAUCUGCCUCUGCGGGAGGGGCCGUCUCUGGCAAUGUGCACCGCAAGGGCAUCUCUGGCAACUCGGAGAAGCGUGUCCGCGACAAGUCAGAUCGAGCCACAGUGCAACAGGUCCUGGACCCGCGAACGCUCAACAUCCUCUUCAAGAUGCUGAUGCGCGGCCUGCUCAAGCAAGUCAACGGCGUCAUCAGCACGGGCAAAGAGGCAAAUGUGUACCACGCUUCAACGUACCCUGUAGGCAAUGUAUCCUCGAGUGAGGCACUUCGAAACGACGAGGUACGACCGCAAGACUACCCCGACGGAGGUGCGCUGGCCUUGAAGAUCUACAAGACGACGAUUCUCGUCUUCAAGGAUCGCGACCGGUACAUUUCUGGCGAGUUUCGCUUCAGACACGGCUACGCAAAGCACAAUCCUCGCAAGAUGGUCAAGCUGUGGGCGGAAAAGGAGGCGAGAAAUCUCAAGAGACUCGUCAGUGCUGGCAUAAGAGCACCGAGGCCCAUCGAGCUGAGGGACCACGUCCUCGUCAUGGAGCUGCUGGAGACAAAGCGAGAUGAGGGCGAGAACGGCGAGUCGAGCCAGGGCAGCUGGGCCAGCCCGAGACUCAAGGACGCGGAAGAACAGAUCGAUGCUCGGGGCCCAUCGACGUGGGAGGACCUGUACCGAGAGCUGGUGGCCUCGAUGCGGACCAUGUUCCAAGAGUGCAGGCUGGUGCAUGCCGACCUGAGCGAAUACAACGUCCUCUACCACCGCUCCCACCUCUUCAUCAUCGAUGUCUCGCAGUCCGUCGAACAUGAUCACCCGAGGGCAUUCGACUUUCUGCGAGCGGACAUCGAGCACGUCGACGAUUACUUUCGUAAGCGGGGCGGCGUUAGGACGCUGGGCCUCAGAAAGACAUUCGAGUGGAUCCUGCGGCCGGUCGCUGGGGCUGCUGCCCAGCAGAGGCAGAGAAAGGGCGGCCAGGUCGGCCUGGACCAGGUGGACGAGGCCGAGCAGAUGGGCCUCACCGUUGCACAGGAGCCUCUCGACGAUGGAGGAGCGAGGCGACCGUCUGCAAAUACCCAAGCCGCGGAAGAAGAGCAACCGCAGAAUGAGUUUGUCGAGGACGACGAGUCGAUCGCGACGGCUCUCGCUGUGGCCAGUGGGCCGUUUGCCAAGAUUGAAAGAAUAACAAGAGCAAAGGGCGAGAGCGAAGUGGAGCUCAUGGCCGAUCUCAAGCGCAUAAUGGAGCUCCAAGAGGAGCGAGAGAACGCCGAGGAAGACGUCCAGAGGUCGAAUAGCUCAAUUAGCGAGCAUGGAAGGGAUCAAGACGCAGAAAGUAGGGCUGCAUCGGCCAGGGCAAAGGGAGACGAAGCCGUCUUUCGGCAGGCCUACAUCCCCCAGAGCCUCAAUGAAGUCUUUGACCCCGAGCGAGACAUUGACGUUGUCAAGCAGGGCGGAGCCAAGGACCUCAUCUACGGCAACGUUUUGGGCGUCGAGGAUGAGCAGCAGCAAGAAGGCUCUGGUAGCGACUCUAGCAGCGAGGAGGAAGAUGACGACGAAGACGAGGACGAGGAUGGAGAUGGGGAGGAAGACGAGGGAGAAGGGGGAGCGAAGAAGAAGAAGACGCCCAAGGGCCACAAGCACGAGGAUCGCGAUGCCAAGCGUGAGAGAAAACGCGAGGUCAAGGAGGCUGCGAGAGAGAGGCGGAAGCACAAGAUGCCAAAGGCCGAGAAGAAAAAGAGGAUGAGAGCAAGCGGGCACAAGUAGACAUUGCACAAUACACAUCGU